AUGUCGGACAUCUUUCCAUCACCACUGCCCCCUGCACGGCCAAACCAGAACUACGUGACCGUCUCGCCCAUAGCAGGAGGCUUCAUCACGUUGCCUGACAGCCGCUUCGUGCAACCAGCCGAUCCGGAGGCAAAACGAACAGUCCCUUCUCUGACCUUUCUGAUCACUCAUCCCCAGCCUCCGCUUUCGUCCCCGUAUCAUUCCCAAGAUGGCAAGCCUGUCUACCUCAUGUUCGAUCUGGGGCUGCGAAAAGCCCCGAGCAGAUAUCCGGAAGUUCUCCAAAAACACAUCGAUAGUCGAGCACCUUUCGACCUCUCACCUGGCGUGGCAGCUCAACUACAAGCCGGCGGUCUCUCUCCCGAAGACAUUGAUGGUAUCAUCCUCAGCCAUGUUCACUACGACCACCACGGAGAUCCCGAGGACUUUCCCCAAGCGCGGUUUAUCAUCGGACAUGGAGCUGCCGAUGUCUUGCAGCAUGGCAUUACUAUUGGAGGUGUAGCAGCAAGUCAUCAGCAUUUCGUUCCUGAUACGCUGCCUGCAGAUCGCACAUGUGAGCUUCCUGCGACUUCAGAUAGAAGAAGAAGAAGAGAUACAUGGCAAUCCAUGGGACCAUUGUUGCCCGCUGCAUAUGAUUUCUUCCACGACGGUUCGGUGUAUGUGAUUGAUGCACCGGGACAUUUGCCUGGGCAUGUCAAUCUACUGUGUCGGACGCGAGAUCGAUGGAUCAUGCUCUGUGGCGACGCUUUUCAUGAUCGACGACUGCUCCGUGGCGAGAAGGCGAUCGGGACGUGGGAGAGUGCAGAAGGUGAGACCAUGUGUAUCCAUGUCGAUCGGGACCAGGCCGCGGAGACAAUCAGACGGUUGGGGGACUUUGACCAAGCGACUGGCGAUGAGUGUGAGUUGAUUGCUGCUCACGAUGAAGUUUGGUGGGAGAAGAACAAACACAGGCAGUUCCCAGGGACGAUAUAA